AUGAAUACUGGUACUUCAUCUCCAGCACUACUAUUGCUUGCGAUUAUGAUCCUUCCGUACCAGGCAACCGCCGCCGGAGCCGGCGGCCUCCACCCUCUCGUCCUGGUUCCGGGCGCCGGCGGGAACCAGCUGGAAGCCAGGCUAACCGCCGGUUACCAGCCUUCCAGCCUAAUCUGCUCAUUCUACCCGGUUUUGAAACAGAAGGGCGGGUGGUUCAGACUCUGGUUCGACCCCACCGUGCUUCUGUCCACGUUCACCCGCUGUUUCUCCGAGCGAAUGAUGCUUCACUACGACAAGGAAUCCGAUGAUUUCCGUAACACACCUGGCGUGGAGACCCGAGUCUGCAACUUUGGAUCCACUGAGUCGCUGCUCUGCCUCGACCCUUCUCUCAAGGGAAUCACGGCUUACAUGGCGCCACUGGUGAAUACCCUGGAAGAGAUGGGCUACGUGGACGGCGAAACCCUCUUCGGAGCCCCAUACGACUUCCGCUACGGCCUAGCGGCAGAAGGCCACCCAUGUCGAGUCGGAUCCAAAUAUCUCUCGGACCUGAAAGCCCUAAUCGAGAAGGCCAGCACAGACAACGGCAGAAAGCCCGUAAUCAUCCUGUCCCACAGCCUCGGUGGGCUUUUCGUCCUCCAGCUCCUGACCCGCAGCUCCCCAUCCUGGGCCAGGCAAUUCGUCAAACACUUCAUCGCCCUAUCUGCCCCGUGGGCCGGCGCUGUGGACGAAAUGCUCACCUUCGCUUCAGGGAACACGCUGGGAGUGCCUCUGGUCGAUCCUCUGCUGGUCAGGGGAGAACAGAGGAGCGCCGAGAGCAACCUGUGGCUCCUCCCGAACCCGAAACUGUUCGGGAGGAGGCCGCUCGUGGUCACCCCGAACGCGAAUUACUCGGCGUUCGAAAUCGAGGAGUUCCUCGAUGGGAUUGGGUAUCCGGAAGGUGUUUAUCCGUACAGGACUCGGAUUAAGCCCUUGGUUGAGGAGCUUGACAUGGUCGAGCCGCCUCCUGUGCCGAUCACGUGCGUGAUUGGGACCGGAGUGGAUACAGCGGAGGUGCUGGUGUUCGAAAACGGGUUCGGUGACGAUCGGCGGCCGGUUGUUGUUUACGGGGACGGUGAUGGGACGGUGAACUUGGAGAGCUUGUUGGCAUUGGAGACGUUGUGGUCGAACCAGUCGGUUAAGGUUAUUAGGCUGAGCAGCAUUUCUCAUACAUCGGUGCUCACUGAUGAAACGUCGAUUCGUGAGAUUGUUGGAGAGAUUUCUUCUGUUAAUUCGUAUGCUCUGAGCGAGAAAUGA